AUGCGAGUGGGGCAGCAGCAACGAUAUUUUUCAGUUCACAUGAUCAGAUUCGGCGUCAAAGAGGGUGUGCACAGAUUCAGCCCGUUAUACCUACCUAGUAGUAGUACAUACAAGAAGCAAGUAGAAAAUGCACAGCGACGAUACCACCUGCUAUUAAGGUCUCCAAGCAGUGGGGAAGCAUGUGUCAUCGCCGUCGUCCAACCAUUUGAUGCUUUUUCUUCUUCUCUCCCUUCGUCCAGUGCUACCGUCAAGAGAUGGACUUUGAGGCCAAUGCAGCUAAGCGGUAGCAACGGUAAUACCAUGACCACAGCCAAUAAUCUCGCCGAGUGGCGAUGUGCCAAAGCUCAGUCAAAUACGGCGGGGGACUCGGGCUGA